AUGUGGGACGAGUGCCGCUUGUUCUGGGCGCGCUACCAGUACAUUGUCAUUGAUCAGGGCAACUUUCACCUGCGGCCCCGGCUGGGCCGCGGGCCGGACGAGCCGCCCGCGUGCGGCGGCGGCGUUCAGGAGCCCAAGAACCGCGAGUUUGAGCUGGGAAGGUGUCCGCGGCAUGAGUGCCCGUCCUGGCAGGCGUCGCUCCGUCCACAGCUGCAGCUGCAGCACAGGAUGCCGCGCACGCUGAAUAGAAAGAUGCCGCCGCCGCUGCCGCCAAUGACGAGGGCCGGUCCUUGCUUCAGGAAUGAUACGAAUCGUGCCCGUGAGGCGCGAGAAGAGAGGCGCAAAGGGGAGUUUGCAGCUCGGUUCUUUGUGAAGCGGCCUGUGAAGCCCCUGCCGAGGUUUGACGGUGCUGAUGAUGAGGAGGAGGAGAAUGAUGAUGGCGAUGACUUUUACUAUGAGACGAGGCGAGAGGAGAAACCUAGUAGAGCCGUGGACACGGAGAAGCCAGGAUUGUCUGGGCAAACGCUUCGAGUACCGGCGCCGCUGGGCUUAUUGCCGUAUCUGAGCGAGGACUUGUCGCAGAGCUGCGGCAGCACCAUCAUUGAGUCUGGCUCCGAGGUGGAUAGCUGUGAUUGGAAUGAAACGUAUCAGUCGCUUCGCGGCCUCAAGACACAGUCGGUCUAA